CCGAAAUGAAUUAAGCUGUGCUGUUAAACCUCACCCUACGUGUGCAAACCGCCCCUCUCCGGCGUUUUUAUCUCGGAAUUCUCAGGGAGAGGGGGCAUUCCCUGUUAUCUGAAGGCCACUUAGCCGAGCUGAGAUGUGAUGUCACGCUCUGGAAAUACGCGGGGGUUUUCGAGCUCAGCCUGCCGGGACACAGACGUGACUUGGCUGCGAUAAACCUCAUUAACGUCCUUAAAAGCUGCGAGAUAACAGCAGAGAUCCCAAAGGGCGCUGGGGCUGGCCCGAGAUGAAUCCCCGCGGGCUGGCGGCCGCGCUUAGGCUCGGGUGAAGCUUUCGGGAGCGCUGAGCCGGGCUCAGCCGCUGAUCCAGCCCAAGGGAGACGCUCCCGGCUGGAGCAGGGAGCUGGAGCUCCCCGUCACCCUCGGCAGCACCCCGCGGAACCGGGGCAAAAACGGGAAUAGGGAAAUCCCACAGGCUGGAAUGUUCGUGCUUCCCUCUGGGAUGGUGCUCGCUCCUGGCUCGCAGGAUUCCUCUCCUUCCCUCUGGUUUUGAACUCAUCCUCUGCUAUCCAUAGAUUUUUUUGUCUUCCCUCCUGGAACGAAGCCGAGCAGGAUAACCCGCUGAUUGUCUGAUCUGUCCAGCCUGGAAUAAAAUCUUGUUUUUAAUGAAGCGCCAAGGAAAGCCGGAGCUCAGCACAAUUCCCUGCCCGCCGGAGAUCCUAAUCUCGCCUUGCCAGCAGAGCAGAGCGGGCACUGCCGCUCCAUGAGCCGGCCCCGGCACGGAGGCGAGCCCAGCCUGCUCCCGCACCCCUGGAUCCGGCAUUCCCGGCUCCAGCACCCCUGGAUCCGGCAUUCCCGGAUCCGGCAUUCCCGGCUCCAGCAUUCCCGGAUCCCGCUUUCCCUGCUCCAGCAUUCCCGGAUCCCGCUUUCCCUGCUCCAGCAUUCCCGGAUCCCGCAUUCCCGGCUCCCGGGCUGCCCCGGCCGCCGAGGGAGCGAUGGAAAAUCCCUGAGCCAGCGCCUGGAAAAUCCGUGCGGCAAAGGUGGGGAUUCUCGGCCGCCGCAUGAGCAGGUCCUGGCCGGGCCAUGGCCUGGCCACCGGGGCUGCUCCUGCUCCAGCUCCUGCUCCUGCUCCUGCUGUUCCUGCCCGGCCGCGCUCCGGCCGCGCGCAGCCGCGACUUCACCGCCAAGGACAUCGUCUACCUCCACCCCUCCACCACGCCGUACCCUCAUGGAUUUAAGUGUUUCACCUGUGAAAAGGCCUCAGAUAAUUACGAGUGCAACCGCUGGGCUCCAGAUGUUUACUGCCCCCGAGGGACCAGGUACUGCUUCAGCCAGCACAUGAUGAGGGCCAGCGGGGAGAGCGUGUCGGUCACCAAGCGCUGCGUGGCCCUGGAGGAGUGCCUGAGCACGGGCUGCACCUACACCCGCCACGAGGAGUACAAGGUGUGCACGUCCUGCUGCGAGGGCAGUAUCUGUAACCUGCCGCUGCCGCGGAACGCCUCGGACGCCGUGUUCGCCACGCUGUCCCCGCUCGGCGCCGCCGCGCCGCUGUCCCUGCCCCGCCUGGCGACACCCGCGGGGAUCGGCCUGGCGGUGCUGGCACAGCGCUGGCUCGCGGCCACUGCCACCGGACCCUGACCGCCACAGCGACAGCGAGAGGGACAGAGACCGGACAGGGACCGCGACAGCGAGAGUGACCGAGACAGCAAGAGUGACAGAGACCGCGACAGAGACAGGGACAGCGGCCGGACAGUGACUGCGACAGGGACAGCGAGAUUGACAGAGACAGGGACAGAAACCGGACAGUGACCGCGACAGAAACAGAGAUCUCAACCGGACAGCAACAGCGAGAGUGACAGAGACCGGACAGUGACAGAGACGGCGACAGGCACAGUGAUAGAGACAGCGAGAGCGACGGGACAGUGACAGAGACCAGACAGUGACAGCGACCGCGACAGAGACAGCGAGAGCGACGGGACAGCGACAGGACAGGGACGGUGAUAGGGAGGGUAACAAUGUCAGCGACAGGACGGUGACGGUGACAACGACAGGACAGGGACGGGACAGUGAUGGUGACAACGACAGUGACAGGGACCGCCACAGGACAGGGACAGUGAAAGGGACAGCGACAGGGACGGUGACAGUGCCAAGGACGGUGACAGCACAGGGACAGCGCCCCGCUGGCGCAGCCGGGCCGGACUCUGAGCUGCCGCCUGGUUCUGGCUGAUUCCCCCGAGCAGAAUUCCCGGCCUGCCCCGAUCGCUGCGGGAGCUCCGGGGAGGAUCCCGGGACCGCUCCGGGAAAACCUCCGGGGCUGGAAGAGCCGCCAAGCCCAGCCUAACUCGGGUAAAGCCUGGCUUAGCUGGCCAAGAACCGGCCCUGGAAGUGCUGGGUCCGUAUCCCCUCGGGAACAGCCGCGGGCUCUCCCCGCUCAUUAACACCCCCUGCUCAUUAACCGCGGUAAUUAACGCAGGAGCGGCUGCGGCUCCUGCUCCUCCGGGAUGGGCAGCGAGGAAGAGAAGGAGGAGAUCCCAUCACCCGGGACACGCGGAAAACAGCUGGAAUUCCCGAAUUCCACCGGAGAAAUCCCUAAAAAUCUGCAUUUCCUGCAGGAAACCGCUGGAAUUCCUAAAUUCAACAAGAGAAAUCCCUAAAAAUCCGCAUUUCCAGCAGAAAAACUCUGGAAUUCCCAAACUCCAGCAGAAAAAUCCCCCCCCCCAAAAAAAAAAUUAAAUUCCACAUUUCCAGCAGAAAACUGUUGGAAUUCAUAAAUUCCACCAGAGAAAUCCCCGAAAAAAUCCUCAUUUCCAGUGGAAAAUCGCUGGAAUUCCUAAAUUCAACCAGAGAAAUCCCUAGAAUUCCUCAUUUCCAGCAGAAAACAUUUGGAACCCCCAAACUCCACCAGAGAAAUCCCUAAAUAUCUUCAUUUCCAGCAGAACACUGCUGGGAUUUUAAAUCCCCUACCAGAGAAAUCCCUAAAAAAAUCCUCAUUUCCAGCAGAAAGCCACUGGAAUUCCACCAGAGAAACCCCUAAAAAUCCUCAUUUCCAGUGGGAAACAGCUGGAAUUCCCAAACUCCAGCAGAGAAAUCCCUAAAAAUUCCUCAUUUCCAUUCCCACCCUCAGCAGGAGGAUGAGGAGCUGCUGCUCCCCUGAUUCCCGCUGGUUCAGGGGGAAUAUUCCCAAUAUUUUCCCAUUUUAGCCCCAAAGCCUGACAGAGAGGAAAUGGAUCCCAAACAUCUCCUGGGGUUUUUAUUCCCUGGAUUCUGGGCUGGUUUGCUGGGAAAUCAGGAAUGCAAUAUUUAUUUUUUGUAGGUCAAGGAAGGUUUGGAAAUGCUGGAAAAAAAAAAAUUCCCCAAAUCCACUGAUCUUGCCAGGAAAAAAAGGAUGGUUUGCAAGUCAGUGAGCCUGUAAUAUAGAAAUGAUCCAAAAUUUAUAUAAAUAUAAAUAUAAAUAUAUAUUAAAUAAUGGUUUACAUCGCUUUUAAAAAAGAAUCAACUUCAUCUUGCAAAGUCAGUAAUAAAAGCAGGGUGUCAUGGACUUGCUUUAAAUUGGUUUUUAAUUAAUUUUUUUAAAAGAAUCAUUAAUUAUUGUGUCAGGAGUUAAUUUUUUCCUAUUCCUGCUCCCAGGUAAAUUGAGCUCUAUCCAAUUCUGGUGUUUUUAAAGCUCAAAAUGCUUUUUUGGGGGGGAAUUACAGGGAAAUGCAGAGUCCUGGAGAGCUCACAGAAUCCACCUGGGAUAUUCUGGAAAAUCAGGAAUCUGCUCCUGAGUUUUGUGGCCUUGGGAUGAAUUUUCCAGGGAGAUUUUUUGGAGGUUCAGGAGCGGCCCUUGCUCCCUGUUUAAUUCCAGGGGAUUUCUCCAGGGAAGGAAAAGCUCAGUGUGUUUUACAGGGGAUGUUAUUUUAAAAAAAAUAUAUAAAUAAAUUCUAGAUCAACAUCUUUAUAAAAAUUGUUCUUCACUGCUGUUUGUCUGGAAUGAUUUUUAAUAUAAAAUCAACAUUUUUUUUGGUCUCACCCCCAGCCAAACCUGGAAUUUUUCUCUCCUUUCCCCCCUCUCUGGUUUGAUUUUCUUUUUCUAUGCAAAUCCCACCUGGCUCUGGAGAUUCCCAAACCAAUCCAAGGCUGUUCCUCCUCUGGCAUCUCCCUGGAUAUUUAAAAAAAGGAAAUUCCAGUGUCUGACCCCCCUGCAGGAGUUUGGGGUUCCCUGAGCUCCGGGGGGUCCCAUAAAUUAUCAAUUUAUUUCUUGGGGGUCUCACCUUGAAAUGCUGAAUUGUUUUAACAGCUGUAAAUUCUUGUACAUUUGUAUAAAUAAAGGGAAAAAUUGAAAUA